GAGACACCGGGGCGGUUCAUUUGACGGUGGGGCGGGGCUCCUGCGCGCUGCGCAGGCGCAGAGUCUGGGUGGUGGGUCAGGUGACCCGAGGGGCUUCGGAGUGUGUUUGAGCCUUUGACUUAGGCCGUUCUCUCGGCCCAAAGUCCCCUCAGCAAUGGCGAGUCAGUCGCAGGGCAUCCAGCAGCUACUGCAGGCCGAGAAGCGGGCGGCCGAGAAGGUGUCGGAGGCCCGCAAGCGAAAGAACCGGAGGCUGAAGCAGGCCAAAGAAGAAGCCCAGGCUGAAAUUGAACAGUACCGCCUGCAGAGGGAGAAGGAGUUCAAGGCCAAGGAAGCUGCGGCACUGGGGUCUCAUGGCAGUUGUAGCAGUGAGGUGGAAAAGGAGACCCAGGAGAAGAUGACCGUCCUCCAGAACUACUUCGAGCAGAACAGGGAUGAAGUCCUGGAUAACCUCUUGGCCUUUGUGUGUGACAUCCGGCCGGAAAUCCAUGAAAACUACCGCAUAAACGGAUAGGAGGUGGAAGCGCCUGCUCUGUGGGUUGGCAUGAGAUCUGCCCCCAUAGAACAGGAAACCUCCACAGAGCUGGAGUUCUGUUCUGGAAGGCAUUAAAUUAUUCCUCUAUGCUGUUGUAGGACCCUUCACUUUUUGAGAGUAUCAAAUCUAGCUUUUUGUACAGACUUAUUACGUACCUGAAGUUUCAUCUUCUUAUCUUGUAUGUCUUUAAGGAGUAUAUGUCACCUGGUUUCCUGUGUCUUCAUGCAAGUAAUGGAUAUCAAUGUUAACUUUUUUUUUUUUAUUAGUUUAGUAGAAAAAAUUCUUUGAAGAAAGAAAGGGAGUAAAUUGUUCCCUUCUACUUUCUUAAAGGUCAGGGGCGUUAUCUAUGAAAAAGUAGUCAAUAGCUGUUAGUAACUCCUAUGAAGAAGCAGCCAGCCUUAGAGUACUCUAUCCUGGAUAAUUUAGGACAGUCAAUAUGAUAUGCUUGUUCCGGCUGCUGUUACUGUAACCUAACCCAAAUCACUAGAUGCUAGGACUCAACUUGUUACAUGUUUAUGGUGUGCUUGUAAUCAUUUAAAAGUAAAAUUUUGUCUUGCCCUUCA